AUAGCUACAAGUCCUUUUUUCUUUGUCUCAGUUUUCCCUUUUCUCGGUGCCCCUUUUCAUGCUUAUCUCCUUGUCCCGACCAUCAUCUAUACCUCGGUAUAUAUCGGCCCGCAGGCUAGACAGUGACAUCCUCAUUACCCUGAAUUUCACAUCAUUGCCACUCAGUCGGAAACCAUGACUGUCCUAAACAGCAGCGCGGCCAAUGGUCACACGACCGCGAGACGACCACUACCAUGUGGCAUUUAUGCUCCCACCAUGACUUUUUUUGACCCCGACACCGAGGAACUCGACAUACCCACCAUCAAGAAGCAUGCCGAGCGCCUGGCUAAAGCGGGACUGGCUGGCCUGGUCACUAUGGGGUCCAACGGCGAAGCUGUGCACUGCACACGCGAAGAAAAGGUAGCAGUUACACGUGCUACCAGAGAAGCUCUGGAUGCUGCAGGUUUCACUACUACGCCCAUUAUCGUUGGGGCUACGGAAGGGAGCGUUAAGGGGACUAUCGAACUUAGCAAGCUGUGCGCAGCGGCUGGCGGAGAUUAUAUUUUGAUCCUACCUCCAAGUUAUUUCCGUCCCCAGAUGGAUGAGGAAGCCAUAGUUGGUUAUUAUACAGCUUUGGCAGACGAGAGCCCACUCCCGAUCGUCUUAUACAACUAUCCUGGCGCCGUUGCUGGCAUCGACAUGGACUCGGACCUCAUUAUUAAGCUUGCCGAACACCCCAACAUCAUCGGAACCAAGUUCACGUGCGGUAGCACCGGUAAACUUACCCGCGUAGCGUUAGCUACCAACGCAAAGACACCCUCCUCAGAAGGCAGCGGCUAUAUGGCUUUUGGUGGCAUAUGCGACUUCACUGUCCAAACGCUAGUGUCCGGGGGAAGUGGAAUCAUCGCAGGUGGUGCCAAUGUCAUGCCUAAGGUCUGUGUCAAGGUAUGGAAUCUAUACUCCGAGGGAAAGACGGAGGAAGCUAUUGCAUUGCAAAAAGUUCUCUCCCGAGGCGACUGGUUCUUGACCAAGGCGGCAAUUGCAGGCACCAAGCAAGCAAUCCAGAGCUACUUUGGAUACGGUGGCUACCCUCGGCGCCCACUCAAGCGUCUCGAGAAGGCCAGGAUUCAGUCCAUCGCGGAGGGCAUACGGGAAGUGAUGGAGGUGGAGAAUUCAUUGUGAAUAGGAGAAAACGGGUUACCGGGAACUCGUUUGUGAAACCCACACGGACUGGCUAUAUGCCGUCAAUAUUAGCCGCGUGGCCGUUGAUCUCCUAUUCUUGGAAAGUGCGGGGUUCGAAUCCGGCGUGACGGAUGAGGCUCCUUCAGGAUGGAAGCAUUGGGUUCCCAUUUUCUCAACCGAAGAAAGUCACUUGACGUAGGUGGUCGCAUAUACGGAGGUGCAAACAUACCUAUACAAUACGUUUCGCGGGAAUUUAACAUAUCUCCUUGCUCCUUUUUGGACAAUGAGCACACUCUGGAAAUGUUCGUUAAUCUUAACGAUCUACUGGUCAUGAUAAACGUACAAUUAAGAACCGUAUCAGAUCGCGAAUGAGGAGGAGAGAGGGGAACUUGUGACACGGACUGACCGAAUCAUAUUCAUGUCCUGCUUCUCAUAACUUCAUAUCUCGGACUUGCUGAUACCACAGCCGUAACAAGAUGGAUGUAUUCUAUAUCCUCAUUAGCAUAACAAAUUUACGAUUAAAUUUCGCAAAA